CGCACUUUUCUUGCGAUUUUGGCGAUCCGAAUCUUCGACUUUCCUCCAUCCACAUCGCUUACCCUCAGCGAACUCGACGUUUCAGUCUCCGCCCAACUUGCGGUUAAAUCGAUUGAUUCUCGUGUUCACAUAUUAAACAAAUCCGUAUGUUUUACAACCUGGAGCAUCGUGUUGCGAUCUUGAUGAUCUUAUUGUACUCAGCUUUCUGACAAAGUUAUUCUUAUACAGAUUCAAAAUGAAGUACCUUGCCACUUACCUCCUCCUCGCCCUUGCUGGCAACACCACCCCCUCCACUGAGGACAUCAAGAGCGUUCUCUCUUCCGUCGGCAUUGAUUCCGAUGAGGAGCGCCUCCAGAAGCUCAUCUCCGAGCUCGAGGGCAAGGACCUCCAGCAGCUGAUCUCUGAGGGUACCGAGAAGCUCGCUACCGUUCCCUCCGGUGGUGCUGGUGGUGCUGCCCCUGCUGCUGGCGCUGCCGCUGCCGGUGGUGACGCUCCCGCCGCUGAGGAGAAGGAGGAAGAGAAGGAGGAGUCCGAUGAGGACAUGGGAUUCGGUCUCUUCGACUAAACGUCUUCACUCGUGCGAGCCUCGAAAAAUAUGUGAUAUCUCGUGGGGGAACAGAAAUCUGGCAGUCAUUUGCAGUAUUGGGAAGGAAAUGGCCAAUUUCGGUCAAGUCUAUUUGUCUCAGGCUUCUCUGAUGCAGUUACGAUUUAUGCAUACGUGAGCUGAAAAGCUCCUUGAUAGCAAAUACAGAUUAUCUGACCCUCCACGAAUUGUUCCAUAUCACGUAAAUGCGCGUAAGCCGACUAUCUGUCUAUCAGUUAUGAAUAACGGGGCGCGAAAUUGUAUUACGCGCAUU